AUGUCACCGUAUGAUUUAUCCUAUGAUAUCAGUGCAUUGAACAAGACGUACAAGCAUCCUGGCUAUGAUGUUGACCAUCCAUUAGACCCUCACGGCGUAUCUGUUUCCUUGACAGCACCUUCUGAGCUCCGCUUUGCCAUGCCGAUGCUGCUAUCGCCUUUGGUAUGGAUCCUGCUGCCAUCAAACCCUUCCAUGGUUCCUGCAUUAGUAGAAGGCACUUUACCGCAACACCGGGUCACCAAGCUAACUCCUAACAAGGCUCCAGCUGCCGAGCAAUUGGCAAAGAUUUUCGAUAAUUCAAUGACAACUAUUAGCUGA